UUUCUAAAAAUCAGAAAUAAAUUUUUGGCAUACUAGGGCUGGCUUAUCGCCACGUGAGGACUCUAGGAAAAUUCGAGAAAAUCCAAUUGCAAGAGAGAAAUGUAUCAGUUUAGAGCUUAUCUGCUUCCUAUAGUAUUUCUUAGUUGGCUUCUCUUAGCAGCAACCCUCUUAGCUUCAGAUUGCUCCAUUAAUGGAUUUCCACUUGUGAGGAAUAUAAGUGAGCUUCCCCAAAGUAACUAUGGUAGAGAAGGCCUUUCUCACAUUACCCUUGCUGGGUCUCUCAUUCAUGGCUUGAAAGAGAUUGAGGUGUGGCUUCAAACCUUCUCUCCUGGAUCACAGACACCAAUUCACAGACACUCAUGCGAAGAAGUUUUUGUAGUCCUCAAGGGUACUGGUACACUUUAUCAUGCUUCAGACUCGCAUGGAAAAUAUCCUGGCCAACCUAAAGCCUUUCCUAUCUUUGCAAACAGUACUUUCAUUGUCCCUGUCAAUGAUGUUCACCAGGUCUCGAACACUGACAACAGUGAGGAUCUGCAACUGUUGGCUAUUGUAUCACGUCCUCCAGUCAAAGUGUUUAUGUAUGAAGACUGGUCGAUGCCUCAUACUGCAGCCAGAUUGAAGUUUCCAUUCUACUGGGAUGAACACUGUUUCGACUCAUCAGUUAAAGAUGAGCUUUAGACAUUUUAACUCACAAGUUCUACAGCAUUUUAUGCUCACAUCUUAACAUCUCAGAUUCUCAGCAAAACAAAUGGAGGCAAGUUUUUAGUGUUUAAGUGUGAAUGCUUCCAAUGUAUCAUGUAUUACUGUUGUUCAUAAUUUAGAGUCUGGUAAAGUACUUGGUCACGGUAAUGUAUAUGCUUUAAUUUCUUAUGUUUGAAUUCUGGAUGUGUCAGUGAGUACUCUACAUAUAUAACAUGGCAGUCCAUAUUUCGAUUUUCCUGUCUUUA